UCUUUUCUCUGUUCUGUUCUGUAAUUAGGUUAUUUAAAAAUGGCAAAUUAUUUAUUGAGCGUUACAAAACAUUUACAGAAGUUAUCCUUAAAUAAUCAACAUAAAUUAGCUCCAUUAUUAAAAAAGACAGUUACUUUAUCUGAUAAUAAUGUUAUAUUCAGCGUUCCUUCAAGAAAUACGAAUUUCUUCAAUAAAUUGCCAGCAGAAUCCCUUUGGAAAGGAGUAACAUCAGUCAGUAAUGCAGGAAAAAAAAGAGGUCGAGGCAAAACUGUCAAUAAGAGAAAUAUUAAAGAUUUAAAUAGAGGCCAGUUGAUUGGAAUAGGAAAGGCUAAUAUAUUAUGGCCCGGAUUAUCAUCACCCAUUAUAAGAGGAAAGGAAAUAAUCCAACAACAACAAUUACCAGAAGAUCCAGAGAGAGAAAAAAAUUUGAUCAAGAUGAGAGACCAAAUGGGAAAAACUAGAUAUGGUAAAAUUAGUUCUAUUGAUAGGGGAUGGACUGGAUCCAAAAUGCCCGGUAGAAGUAUAGGACCUCCUGAUCCAGUUAAUGAUGACGAAACCUAUGAAGGAUUUGAUACAAGAGUACUUGAACUUAAGACAAUCUUCAAUAUGACAGGAAAUUUGGGAAGGAAAAGGAGAGUAUCUGUUUUAUCAGUUACUGGAAAUAAAAAGGGUCUUGCUGGUUUCUCCAUUGGAAAAGGUUUGGAACCCAGAACAGCAAUGAGGAAAUCGAAAAACAGGGCAGGACAAAAAUUAAUGAACAUAAAGAUAUUCAAUAAUCACACAGUAAAUCAUGAUUUUUUCACUCAGUUUGGAGCGACCAAGAUUAUAGUAACACCAAAACCAGAAGGAUAUGGCUUGAGAUGUCACAGGGCUAUAAAAACCAUUUGUGAAGUAAUUGGAAUCAAAGAUCUCUAUGCUAAAGUUGAGGGAUCUACAAAUGUCAAUCAUAUUACCAAAGCAUUUUUCUUGGGUCUUAUAAAACAGAAAUCAUUUAAAGAAAUAGCAGAGGAGAAAGGACUCCAUGUUGUACAAUUUUCCAAAGAAAAUGGAUAUUUUCCAAAAGUUUUGGCAUCACCCACGAAGUGCCGCACAGAGGAAGAGAUUGAUAAAAAAGAAAUUCUGGAUUUCAAACAAUAUUGCCUUGAUGGAAGGGUAAUUCUGCAGAAGAAAGUAUUCCCUCCAUUUUAUACAAAACAUAAGUCAUGGGAAAUAUACCUAAAAAAACAAGAGAAUCUAAGGAAUCAAGAUAAGGUCAGAAUUAAUUUGAAGGUGGAAUAUGGUGAGAUAAGGAGUUUUCUUACUGAUAAAUAUCCUGAGUGCAGACCAUCUAAAUGGCGUAAAAACAAACAAGAAGAAGUUGAGGAAACAGAAUAACCCAUUAUUCUGACAUAUAAGAUAAAACAAUUUCUGUAUAAUGUAUGAAUAUUAAGUAACUUGGUUAUUAAAUAUAGUAUGUUUUAUAA